AUGGCUGCGCUGCCCCCUCCUCUGCCCCCACCCCGCCGCCGGCCCCUCCGCCUCCCGGCCGACCCUCCUCCCCGCCACUCACUCCGCGCCGCCAGCGCCCAGCGUGCGGCUCCGGAGCGGCCCGGCUCCGCGCCCGGCGCUGCGCUCCGCCGGCUCCGCGCUGGGAGCCAGCAGGUCUCCGGGAAGCGCGGAGGGUGGGGUGGGAUGCCGGAAUGCCCGGACCGCGGGGCCAAGGCGGCCCCCAUCCAUCAUAAAAUCUCCUUCUCCAUCUUAGACAUCCUGGAUCCCCAGAAAUUCAGCAGAAGACGCGAACCGGCCUCGGGGAGCUGGGGCAGCGCCCCCCGCUCGGGCGAGCGGGAGAAAAGUUUGGGAAGAGUUGAAGUAGGAAAGGACGCUGCUGCUCCCGGCAGCGGGAGGAAUAAACUAGAGGCACAUGAUGCGCACGCCCCGGCGGAGAGCGGCGCCGAGGACGCGGGGCAGGAGCGCGACGAGGAGGACCCGAGCGGGGACGGGACCGGGACCGCGAGCCCGCCCGGGCCGGAGGAGCCGGGCUCGCCGCGGAGCGCCCGGCGGCGGCGGCCGGAGCCGGGCUGCGGGAAGCCGCGGCGGGCGCGCACCGCCUUCACCUACGAGCAGCUGGUGGCCCUGGAGAACAAGUUCCGAGCCACGCGGUACCUGUCGGUCUGCGAGCGCCUCAGCCUGGCGCUGUCCCUCAGCCUCACCGAGACGCAGGUGAAGAUCUGGUUCCAGAACCGCCGCACCAAGUGGAAGAAGCAGCACCCGGGCGCCGACGGGGCGGCCCCCGCAGCAUCCCCCGCGGCGGCGGCGGCGGCGAGCGGCGGCAGCCCCAGCCCGCCGGGCCCCGCAGCUCUGCCCUUCCAGACUUUCCCUUCCUACGCCGCCGCCAACGUGCUGGUGCCGCCGGCCGCCCCCUUCCCGCUGGGCGCCGGCCCCUUCGCACCCUUCCUGGGCCCCGCGUACCUCGGCCCCUUCUACGCCCCGCACCUCUGA